AUGGACCCUAUGGUUCGCCACGGCUCUGCCCUCCCGCCCCUGCUCCCCUGUCCAUCCCCAAGAGGUGACUCUCGCCAUCCCUUUCGCAGAACCAGUGUCCUGGUGGGGGCCCCCAAAGCCAACACCAGCCAGCCAGACAUCCUGGAAGGGGGAGCCGUGUACGCCUGUCCCUGGCCCGCCCAGGGGUCUGCAUCCUGCAAGCAGAUACCGUUCGACACCACCAACAACAGAAAGAUCAGAGUUAAUGGAACUAAAGAACCUAUAGAAUUCAAAUCGAAUCAGUGGUUUGGAGCAACAGUGAAAGCUCACAAAGGGAAAGUCGUGGCCUGUGCACCUUUAUAUCACUGGAGAACUCUUAAACCGUCACCAGAAAAGGACCCGGUUGGCACCUGCUAUGUAGCAAUUCAGAAUUUCAGUGCAUAUGCUGAGUAUUCCCCAUGUCGGAACAGCAACCUUGACCCUGAAGGCCAAGGUUACUGCCAAGCAGGAUUUAGUCUGGAUUUCUAUAAGAAUGGAGACCUUAUAGUAGGUGGACCUGGAAGUUUUUACUGGCAAGGUCAAGUGAUAACUGCCAGUAUUGCCGAUGUUAUUGCGAAUUACUCAUUCAAGGAUAUUCUGCGGAAACUGGCUGGAGAAAAGCAGACAGAAGUGGCUCCAGCUUCCUAUGAUGAUAGUUACCUCGGAUACUCAGUGGCUGCUGGGGAAUUUACUGGAGACUCUCAGCAAGAACUGGUUGCUGGAGUUCCAAGAGGGGCACAGAACUUUGGAUAUGUCUCAAUCAUUAACUCUACAGAUAUGACUUUUAUUCAGAAUUUCACUGGUGAACAGAUGGCAUCUUAUUUUGGAUAUACUGUUGUAGUAUCAGAUGUUAACAGUGACGGAAUGGACGAUGUACUGAUUGGCGCGCCUCUCUUCAUGGAACGCGAAUUUGAGAGUAAUCCCAGAGAAGUGGGGCAGGUCUACCUGUACCUGCAAGUGAGCGCCCUCCUCUUCCGGGACCCACAGGUCCUCAGGGGCACUGAGACGUUCGGGAGAUUCGGUAGUGCCGUGGGGCACUUGGGGGACCUGAACCAAGACGGAUACAACGACAUCGCCAUUGGUGUACCCUUUGCUGGCGAGGAUCGGAGAGGCAAAGUGCUCAUUUACAAUGGGAACCAGGACGGCUUAAAUGUCAGGCCUUCCCAAAUUCUGCAAGGAGUGUGGGCCUCACAGCUGGUCCCUUCUGGAUUUGGCUUUGCUUUAAGAGGGGAUGCAGACCUAGACAAGAAUGAUUACCCAGAUUUACUUGUGGGUGCAUUUGGAACCGGAAAAGUGGCUGUUUACAGAGCAAGGCCAGUUGUGACCGUGGAUACCCAGCUUCUCUUGCACCCAGCGAUUAUCAAUCUUGAAAACAAAACUUGCCGGAUUCCAGAAUCGGUGACACCUGUGGCCUGCUUUUCUUUAAAAGUAUGCGCGUCUAUUGCAGGCCAGAGCAUUCCAAAUGCAAUAGCCCUGGUGGCUGAGUUGCAGUUAGAUUCGCUGAAACAAAAAGGAGCCGUCAAACGGACACUCUUCCUCCAUAACCAUCAGUCCCAUCUUGUCUUCCCUCUGCUGAUUGAGCGGCAGACAGCCCUCCAGUGCCAGGAUUUCAUCGUUUACCUUCGAGAUGAAACUGAAUUCCGAGAUAAAUUAUCUCCAAUCAACAUUAGUUUGAAUUACAGUUUGGAUGACUCCGCCUUUAAAAAAGGCCUGGAGGUGAAACCGAUAUUAAACUACUACAGGGACAAUGUUGCUACUGAACAGGCUCACAUCCUGGUGGACUGUGGAGAAGAUAAUCUGUGCAUUCCGGACUUGAAGCUGUCGGCUAGACCAGAUAAGGAUCAGAUUAUCAUUGGGGAUGAAAAUCACCUCACACUCAUAAUAAAUGCAAGAAAUGAAGGGGAAGGAGCCUAUGAGGCCGAACUCUUUGUAAUGAUCCCAGAAGAGGCAGAUUACAUUGGCACUGAACGCAAUAACAAGGGAUUUCGGCCCCUGAGCUGUGAGUACAAGAUGGAAAAUGUGACCAGGAUGGUGCUGUGUGACCUCGGGAACCCCAUGGUGGCAGCAACAAAUUAUUCUAUGGGUCUCCGAUUUGCAGUUCCCCGUCUGGAGAAAACAAACAUGAGCAUUAACUUCGAUCUCCAAAUCAGAAGUUCCAACAAGGACCAUUCGGAUAGCAAUUUUGUGAGUUUGCAAAUCAACGUCACUGCUGUUGCUCAAGUAGAAAUAAGAGGCGUAUCCCACCCUCCGCAAGUUGUUCUGCCCAUUCAUAACUGGCAACUGGAAAAGGAGCCCCGCAACGAAGAGGAAGUUGGGCCAUUGGUGGAACACAUUUAUGAGCUGCACAAUAUUGGACCAAGCACAAUCAGUGACACCAUUUUGGAUGUGGGCUGGCCAUUCUCUGCACGCGAUGAAUUUCUUCUUUAUAUUUUUCAUAUUCAAACUCUGGGACCCCUGCGGUGUCAGACAAAUCCUGACAUCAAUCCACAGGAUAUAAAGCCUGCUGCCUCCCCAGAGGAUACCCCUGAGCUCAGUGCCUUUUUGCGAAAUUCUACUAUCCCUCAUCUUGUCAGGAAGCGAGACGUGCCUGUGGUCCAGCUCCACAGACAGAGCCCUGCAAAAAUACUGAAUUGUACAAAUAUCGAGUGUUUACAAAUCUCCUGUGCGGUGGGGCGACUAGACAGAGGUGAAAGCGCCGUCCUGAAGGUCAGGUCACGACUGUGGGCCCACACAUUCCUCCAGAGGAAAAAUGAUCCCUAUGCUGUCACAUCCCUGGUGUCCUUUGAAGUUAAGAAGAUGCCUUAUAGAGAUCAGCCCCCAAAACUCCCAGAAGGAAGCAUAGCAAUUAAGACGUCAGUUAUUUGGGCAACUCCAAAUGUUUCCUUCUCAAUCCCGUUGUGGGUCAUAAUACUGGCAAUACUUCUGGGAUUGUUGGUUCUGGCCAUUUUGACCUUAGCUUUGUGGAAGUGCGGAUUCUUUGACAGAGCAAGACCUCCUCAGGAUGAUAUGGCUGAUAGAGAACAGUUGACCAGUGACAAGACCCCAGAGUCCUGACAAAGAAAAAUUAAGACACUGUUCAAAGACAAGAAAGGACAAGGGGACUAAAUAAUUAUAGCUUUCCUGUGCCUGCCAGGGAGCUAGGAAAUGGAAGGGCCCUAAGAUUAUCACCUCAUCUACUCUGCUCUUUGGGGAAGAAAGUUCCCACGGAGCCCAGUGAACCAUCUUGGAAAUGGCAAUGGCAGCACUAGAAGCAAUUUGCAGUCUCGAAAGAUUUCUUUUGCUUUUGGGCCGGGGAUUUAGCUCAGCAGUUCUGCUGCUUGCCUUGAAAGUGCAAAGACCUGAGUUCAAUCCCUGGUACCAAAAAAAAAAAAAAGAAAAAGAAAAUGCUUUCAUCAUUCCGUAUUUGGCAGACAUACCAAAAUGGGCACAGGAACUUAAGUUGCAAAAAUGAAAUAUCUGAAUUGCUACAGAAUUUAGAGCGUGAAUUAAGACUGAACUGUCCAACACUACUGUAUCCAACAGAACAUUCGACACCUCCCUCCAGAAAAGAAAUGUUUCUAAUGGUGCGAUGGCUCAGGGAGACAAGCAAUAUGUUGAUGGUACUGUGAAAGUACUCUUGUAAUGACAAAGAUAAUUUCAUAAGUGAGGAUAAAAUUUUAUUUAUUUAUUUUCCAUUUCUCUAGGUGGAGAUUCCGGUUGUCUAGAGGAUUUGGAAAUUAAGAUUUGCUUAGCUAGUAUUCAGAAUCGCUUACUUCAUUUCCUUCCUAGGAUACCCACUUUGUUCAGAUAACUCACUUAACAGAGCUUUUUCAAAAUUUAGACAGUAUUAAGAAAAAGCAAAUUGAUAUUAGGAGUCAGUGUGCUUAAUGCUUUGCUUCUUUCUACCUGGAAUGUUAGUCACACCAUCCAG